ACCGUCCUCAGAUCUCAUGUUGUAAGUCUUUGUGGGGCGUUUUGGAGCGUCGCGCCUAGCCCCAGGAAUGACUUCUCGGUUUAACACUAUUGACAAAUCGAGACUGUUUCACUGAAACUCCGCAGAGGAGAACUGAUCAGUUUGACAACCGCUGGAAUUAUUUCAUUUCAAGUAAAUUUGCGCUCGAAACGUUAACAUUUAGUUGCGCCCUAUACUUUGUCUUUAAUUCCACCGAGUCAGUAUUGUCUUCUGUGAGCAAUCGGGAUUCAACUUCAGCGCAACCGGAGACAUUUUGUUAUUUUUGAAAAUCAGACUUUUUCUCUCUGACGGUCUGCAGCCUGUUUUUGAUUGAGAUUGUUACGACUGGUGGCAAGUGGAGUGAAAUACGCUGUCAAGUAGACUAGAGCAACGAUAUAGCGGGCAAAAGCUUACCAAGCACUGUGUAUACCGUGCAUCGGUACACAAUAAUAACACAGCGUACCACAAGUACGUUCCGGGGGCAGAAAGCGUACAACGGUGAUGAAUCAUUUGCCGUGGCAGCUUUUGAACAUUUAGCAUAGCUAGCUUCGUUGUGACACCGUGGGCUGUGGUGUUCUCGCUCAUUUUUGCGGCGAACAGAUCGUUGGGAUACACGCAGCACCGCGCAUAGCGAACGGUUUAGAAGAGUCGUCCUCCAGACCCGCAAAGCGUGCUGCAUUCUCGUUCCGUCGUCUGCGAAGUGUACCGCCGUGUUUUCAGGGGACGAACCGCUAGCCACCGUUAGCUUGCCUUCCUGCUAUCGCUGGUCAACCCGUGUGUGUCUCUGCUCGGGCUAGCUUGCAUCAGCUAGCUGUGGACAAAGGACCAACAAGGCAAGGCAAAAGCAAUAGCAGAGCCAGCUUUUUUAAAUAUCUUUAAACAUUCAUCAUAUCAAGGAACGGAAAACAAACAAGGGAUUGACAUGAUGUUUCCACAAUCCAGACAUUCAGCUUCAUCACAGCAGCUGAAGUUCACAACCUCAGACUCCUGUGACAGGAUCAAGGAUGAGUUCCAGUUCCUCCAAGCACAAUACCACAGUUUAAAGCUGGAGUGUGACAAGCUGGCCAGUGAAAAGUCAGAGAUGCAGCGCCACUACAUCAUGUACUAUGAGAUGUCCUAUGGAUUGAACAUUGAGAUGCACAAACAGGCUGAGAUAGUGAAGCGGUUGAACGGGAUCUGCGCCCAAGUCCUCCCCUACCUGUCCCAGGAGCACCAGCAGCAGGUCCUAGGGGCCAUAGAGAGGGCCAAGCAGGUCACCCCCCCAGAGAUGAACUCCAUCAUCAGGCAGCAGCUCCAGGCUCACCAGCUGUCCCAGCUCCAGGGGCUGGCCCUGCCCAUGACUCCCCUGCCUCUGGGCCUGAGCCAGCCGGCCCUGCCCGCCGUCACCACCUCGUCCGGCCUCUUCUCCCUCUCCUCCAUCCUGGCCUCCCAGGCCCAGCUGGCCAAGGAGGAGAAGGCCUCCCGCGACGGGGCCGACAGCCACCGCGACGACGACGGCGACAAGUCCGACUAGAGGCCGACAUCACCCCUCGCUCCUCCCUCCCUCUAUCCCCACCCCCCCCCCACCCCAUGUCCCUUACCUGUCACCCACCCUCCCUUCUCCACCCCCCUGCCUAGCGUUUGUCUGCUUCCUCCUGCCCCCCCCUCUCCCCCCCCCCCCCCCUCCUCACUAGCCCCCCCGCCCCGUAUAUACUAUAGUUUAGUUUUUUCUCCUUGAUUGCCUCUGCCUGGUUCUAUCUUUCUUUGUUCUCUUUUUCCUCCCUCCCCCCCCCCCCCCCCCACCCCCCCCCGUCUCUCACGAUCACAUUGAACUCUUCUUUUUAUGCCAUCUUUUGUAUUUCAUCUUGAUCGACCUUUUGUGGGUUUUUUUCCAUUGAUUUUUCCAAGUUGGAUUUGAAUGUUUUAUUAAGUUGGGUUUUUUAUCACCGCUCCCCUAUUGAUUCAAGUCCCUACUUUCCCUCCCUCUCCCCCCCUCCCCCCUCGCUCUCUCUCCACCAUACAGUUUUCUUUCUCUCUCCAGACAUUUUGUUUCAACUAUUCCCCCCCCCCUCCCUCUGGCCCUCUGUGCUAAGUGUUCUUGUGAAGCAGAGGGGUUCUGUACAUUUGAAUGUACCAUACAGAAGCUGUUCAACUCGGACUACGUGCUUACCUGCCAUUGUCAUUGUGCAGACAGGGUCGUCAUGUGGGCCUGCGGUCCUCUGGGUUUCAGUGUGAACUUGUGUAAGGGCGUAAUGUUGUGCUCGGGUCAUCUGGAAGUGUAGACAAGCUAUUGGGUCGUUUGCAUGGAUACCUGCAAGAUUCCGCUUUUUUUGGUUUAUUUCUUUUGCUGUUUAAAAAACGAGCCAACAAACGACGACAACAGUCGAGUGAGAAGAUCACUAGCCGUGCGUGAGCUGCGGGAACGGUCUGCGUCUGUUUCCAGUCAUAUUAUAGCACCGUGUUUAAAAAAAAAAAAGAAGGGUUUUGUUUGAUCCGUGUUGUUUGAACAGGGUCCUCUCGCCCAUGUGGUAAAGGAGAGGCUGCUUUUUCGCGAUGCAGUGCGGAGCUCCUCUCCCCAGCCGGUCGUUCACUGGGGCCUCGAUCAGACCCGUAGGACUCCCACAGAGCACGCAUCUUGCACCGAAGAAGAACUCAGUACAGCGCCGUCAACACUUUUUUUUUUUUUUGGUACAAUCACACAUUUUAGAUUGGUAAGGGAGGUAAACACCCCUCUUAGAGCCACCGUCACACUAACGCGGUUAAUCGGGAGACACUAAAACGCAGCGUUUAAUAACUUGUAUUUCUUCCUUGUUUUUAUUUUGGCUACUAAGUCCUUAUUCUGCUCGUGAUCCACACACGCACCUCGGCGGGGUGCUGGUGGCGGGCAGCGCUUGCUUGUGUGCAACCUUCACCUUACUGGGGGAGGGUACUCUAAAUUCCGCAGCUGCAGUCACGGAGAAAGUGUCGAGCUGGCACUUUGUGUGAUAAAACCAACUCACCUGGCUCCCGGACUCUGUGGCCUCCGCCCCGACCCUAGCCUCUCAUGCCACCCCUUCGUCCCCCCCCCCCCCCCCCACACCCACUCUCCCUCCCUCCGUCAUGUUUCCAUCCUGUAUCUGCACUAGUAUGAAGUGUACAUACUCCGAGGUGUGAGUGGGUGCAGCUAGUGUCGCUGACAGCAGGGGGCACUGUGUCUCUUUGAGAGUGUACCAUAGCGCGGUGGUUAGGAUGGAUGGAAAAAAAUAAUAUAAAAAUAACACCAAAAAAAAAAACAAGGACAGGACAAUGCCAGACAGGACUGCAGAUGGUACUCAGCGAAAACACAUAGAGUUGACUUUCAUUACAAUAUGUGCUGAGGUUUUUUUUUUGUCGAGGUUUUUUAGGUCCGCAGUUUAUUUUGGGAAAACUAUUCUCUCCAUGUCUGUUUUUAGUCAUAGCAAGAACAAAACCAGGAACCCAUUCGGAAAAUUAUGUCAAACAUCUGCCCCUCCCAAGUACAUUUCUCCCUCUUCCCCCGUUGAAUUCAGGUGUAAAAGAACCUUUGUACAUAUAAACCGUGUGAAACGAACACAGCUGACCAGCAGCUGUCGUGUGAGAUCCGGUGGCUGGCUGGUGCUGAACAGACGGACAAAGCACAAGCAGUAACGGCGACACUGAGCUUCGCCUGUGACCCACUUCCUUCACGUCGGCCGGCUUUUUAUUUUGACGCUUUAGCUGUUGGUAACAGAUACUGGCUCAGAGUUGAUCAGCUAUUAUCCAUGCAGUACACCUUUUGAAGGGGUGGUCACACGCCCAAUAUAUACACUUGUGUUCCUCUGAGCACAUUCCAGAUCUGUAUACAAACACACACGCCCAAAUCAGUCCCCAACACCUCUGUUUUGGUGGGUUUCCACUGUGAUGGAGACUUUCAUUCCUCCAUGUCAAAAACAAUCGCCCUGAUUUGAGAAGAUUCUGAAUACAAAGCAUUUUACUUCCGGGUCAUCAUUGGACCUCAUUUUGAUGAAUUAGGAAUGAAAUUGAGGACGGGAUCGUCAGCUCAGACGAAUGUUAGGUCUGUGGACCAAAGGGUAGGCGGUCAUGCAACAAACCUCUUCUUCAAAGGUCCGACGAUGAGGACGACUUCUGUUUUUGGGACUUCUCGCAGUAUAUGACGCUCCUUUUGCGGUGUACGUUUUGUGUGUAUACAAAAAAAAAAAAAAGUGUUAAAAGCUGUUUUAGGUUCAGUCAUGGAUGAAAAAGAAAAUACAACACGAGAUGCAUUGCUGUUACUGAAUCGUACUCCUAAUAAUAUGCUCUAUCUGGCCUGUGAAUACCGCUAGUCAAAUAUCACCGCCAUCCAGCCGCUACCGUAUGUAUCUAGGUACGUACUGCGCUUGUUGACACACACACACACACACACACACACACACACACACACACACACACACACACACACACACACACACACACACACACACACACACACACACACACACACACACACACACACACACACACACACGCACACACAGUGCAUGUCUUCAAUAUAGGGACCUUUAUAGAUCGAAUUCUUUCUAGCGAAAGGCGUGUUAUUUCAAAAGGAUGUUUCAUUCAAACUCUGACCAAAUGCACUUAUGUUUCUUUUCUUUUUUUCAUUUUGUUUCUUUUCUAUAUUAAACGCUAUGACUAGGAACAAAAUGAUGUUUUUGUUAAAGGAAUCCAAUACAAAUUCAAUUCUAUGUAUUUGUUUGAGUGUAGACCAGGGUUGUCGACGAUUCUGUACCGGCACCGCGCAUAGAAAGCUUUAUGUGUAUACGGCUGCAUCUUCUCUGCCUCCAGCCCGGAGGAUUGUUGUGCUAUUGUGUUACAGUACCUGACGUGACACCAGGUCGGCGGGGUGGGGGGGGGCUGAUGGUGGAGGCUGCAUUAAGGUGGACCUCUGCCCUUUGACCCCCUCACUUCCCCUGUCCUGUGGCUCCAGCCCCCCCCCCCCCCCCCCCCCCCUUCAGCCUCCCCCCCUCCCCUCCCCAUUGUGUAAAGCAUCGUAAGAGUUUUGAGCUUUGUAAAGGUCUUUUUUUAAAAUACUUAUUUUGUGUAUAAUGUAAAACCUGAAAGUGUGUACUUUAGCAAAAAAAAAAAUGUUUUGUGUCAUGAUCUCAUAGCUUCAUUUAAAGGAAAAAGGUGACAUAAAAAAAAGUUAAAACAUUUACUAUAAAUACAACGGAAUGUUCUGCAGUAAGGAAGGACUUUCUGGUGCCUUACAAAUAAAGUCAAUCAAAUCAAAA